CGCUAUUUCAACUUAACUUGUCACUUCUUUGGAACCUGAUGAGUUCCUGAGUACCCUAAGGGCAAUGUACUUUGUGCAGAGAAUGGGUUCAACGACAUAUAGGCAAGCUCUCUUACGCAGGUCCAGCUGACUUCUUGAGAAGUCGUCUCCUCAGACGCGUGACGUGGCUUACAGUACUGUUGCUUUCGCUCUUUCUUAGCUCAGCAAACGUUGGAGCGGUUUCCGAAAGUCGUUUGGACCCAGUGAGUGUUAGAAAGUUUCAAAGAUGCUGUCAGGGGGGAAUCUUGGCCGCGUCGAGAAGGGAACAGGACUCUUCCCUUACAUACUUCUACUGAUUGUGUCCAAGACGCUGAGAGUGUUUGGAAUUUUUGAGUCCUACGAUCUCCUGAAACUUGUGCAUCUUGUGCAAUUCCUCUUCGUAGUCAAACUUGGGUCUUCUGGUAUUCUACUGGUAUUGCAGAGGCCAUUUUCAUCAGGUAGAAGAAUAACAAAACCCCAGUGGAUGCGAAUCUUGCGGCACGCUGUGUUCGGCUGCAUCAUUAACCUUCUCUGGCUGUUUGGGCUAACGUUAUGUGGACCACUCAGAACUGUCUUAUUAUUUGAGCAUGCUGACAUUGUGGUACUUGCUGGUGCCAGCGCCCUCUUCUCAUCACAGGGAGGAGGAACCUCAAAGACCAGAGGAGCUGUGCUGUUCCUGUUAGCUGUUGUGUGCAUGCUGCUAUUUGACAUGGAUGAGUUCCCAGAUGUGCCACAACCACAGCAUCCUGAGGGUCAUCACGACAGUACGUUGUUCCAUGCAGUGUACUACGUCAUCUCAUCCCUGGGACUGUCAGAUCACAAGAGUGGAGUUGUGUUGUUAUUCCUUGUUCUGUGUGCAAAUGUGGGGUACAGAAAUGCAUCCAAGCGACUGUCCUUGGAUGUGGGCGGGGCCAAGAGACUCCACAGCCUGUCCACCCUGCUGUCAGCUGGCCUGCUCUGUCCAUGGGCAUUCUUCCUAUCCUUUUACCAGACUGUAGACCACACGUGGCUAUCGCUGGUCCUGCCCUUUCUUGUGGUAGUGCUGUUUGUGUUUGUGCUGGAUUACUAUGUGGAGAGCAUCUGUACCAACAAGCUGGAGGCACCUCGAGUGGCCUGGGUUGGCAGUGUCAGUGUCUUUCUGGCUGCACUACUGCUCAGCACAGUAUGGGCACACCCUUACAGGAAAAAGCUUGCCACCAUGAACAAAGAUGUGGAGUUGCUGGGAUACGAACAUGCCAUGUCCGGUGGAGUUGUCCUGUCUGCCAUCAUCUUCAUGAUCGCCACCAAGAUCCUGGGCAGCCCUCCCUCCAAGACAAAAGGAAAUCUUGUGGGGUACAGCUCUGCUGGUCUGCCACUCUUUAACUUCACUGGGGACGACUUAAGCCUCACCCAACAGUCUAUCAUGACCACUGUGAGGAACGGAUUGAGGCAGAUCUUGGAGGAAUAUGACUCCAGACAAAUCUUUUACUUCCUGUGUCUUAAUCUGGUGUUCACCUUUGUGGAGCUGACCUAUGGUGUGUGGACCAACAGUCUAGGUUUGAUCUCUGAUGGCUUCCACAUGCUGUUUGACUGCACAGCACUGGUCAUGGGUCUGUAUGCUGCUCUCAUGGCCAGGUGGAAGGCCACUAGGUUAUAUUCUUAUGGCUAUGGGAGAGUGGAGAUCUUGUCUGGUUUUGUGAACGGUUUGUUCCUGGUCGUUAUAGCUGGCUCUGUUUUCUCGGAAGCAAUCCAGAGAUUAUUCGAUCCACCAGACAUACAUCAUAUGGAGAGAUUACUGACUGUUUCCAUCCUGGGGCUUCUAGUAAACCUGGUUGGCAUAUUGGCCUUCAGCCAUGCCCACAGCCAUGCUGCCGGCCACGGACAUGCUCACGACCAUGGGCACUCCCACGACAAGAAGCACGGCCAUGGUCACAGUCAUUCUCAUGGACACAGCCAUGGGGGAGGGCCUAAUGCUAACAUGAAAGGCAUUUGUCCUACCCAUUUCCUUCAUCGAAUAGGGAACCUGCAAGGUGUGUUUCUGCACGUGUUAGCGGACACCCUGGGCAGUGUAGGAGUCAUCGUGUCCUCCCUUCUCAUCGAGCAGUUUGGCUGGCUCAUAGCAGACCCAAUCUGCUCCAUCUUCAUUGCUGUGAUGAUUUUUGCCAGCGUGAUGCCACUGUUGAAGGACUCUUCACUUAUCCUGUUACUCAGGGCUCCGGGGUGUAAGGAACAGGACAUCGCUGAAGCACUAAACAAGGUUUUGUCUAUGGAUGGAGUCUUGUCCUACAGAGAUCCUCAUUUCUGGCAGCAUUCCUCCAGUGUCACCAUUGGUACAAUCCAUGUCCAGGUCACCCCAGAGACCUUAGAACAAAGGAUAGUCAGCCAAGUUUGUGCAGUUUUUAAGGAAAUAGGAGUUCAGAACCUGACAGUCCAGGUGGAGAAAGAUGAGUACUUCCUGCACAUGUCAGGCCUGACUUCCAGCUACAGAGAAGUCCUGGAGAUGACCCAGCACAUGCACAGUGUCGGGCACCCCAGUGAUGGCACAAAAACCAUUUGAACACAGUAACAUUUAUAGUUGCAGUUAGUAUUAUCAUUAUGAACAUUUGCCAGUCAGCUCUGUUCGUGCUAGCCUGACUUAACUAUGCUACUAGUGGCCCUCCCGACUGACUGGCCUAGGGACGGGCCCAUGUUAGCCCCCAGCAGCAAGGCUACCUAUUGCUUAUGGUUUAAUGGUGUUAGAUACAAAAAAAAGAUAGCAAUCCUAAAGGUGCACUGUCACUGCACUUGCGUCAAUCUUGCGUCACUGUGGAGUUCGUUCACUGCAUCUCUGUUUUGUUAUUGUCUCUGAUUAUUUAUAAUUUAGAUAUUGAGUAAUACGUAAAAGUAUGACUUAGAAGAUGACAAAAUACACAAUUCAUUCUAUAUGUCUGAAAUUCGUGGAGUAUCUUUCCAACCCUGCAGAGACGCAAGCUUGAUCCAAUUGCAGCGAGAGUGCACCCUUAGCACUAGGCAUUUCUACGGUGCUCAACUCUAAGGGUGAGAGUCAAAGUAGAAAGUAUCAAGCACACAGUAAUUCUGAUGGACAGCCACCCCUUGUGGAGAAUGGAGUCUACAGGUUCAGCAUCUACGGGGUAUACGACUUGAUGUUCUUCGUACAGCACCUUGAGGCUGUCAUCUAUGAAUAUAGCUAACAAUAAAUGGUAACUCAGUGGUAUUUAUAUGUAUGGCAGGAAGAAAUUUUUUAUAUGUAAUAUGCAAUAUGACUUUAUUGCAGUAUCAUAAUAGGUCAAAACUGCUGAAUACAUAUGUUUUUGAUUAACGCUAUAUAUUCAAUGUUGAUAUGUAACUAUGUAUAAAGUGUAUGAAUAUGUACAUGUUCUGAAUUGCAUGAAGAUACCAACUUGUGCUUGUACAAAGAUAACCAUGUAAGGUAUGUUGGUUAAUAAAACUUGUAUAUGUUA